UGACUGGCGACGGCUGCAGCAGUUCUGAAUAUUUGCUACAGCACAGAAAGCCUGUCAGUCAAAAGCCAUCUCCAUGGUGAUGAAGUCAUCGAUAGAGGAGGAGGAAGGAGGGUGGGCUCUCGGGAUCCCGGAGAAGAUGCAAAAUAAUGCCAACUGGGUGGACGUCACUCAAGAUUUCAAAGGAGCCUGUAAAGAACUCAAACUGGGCGAGUUGCUCCAUGACAAACUGUUUGGUCUGUUCGAGGCGAUGUCAGCCAUUGAGAUGAUGGAUCCAAAGAUGGAUGCUGGAAUGAUCGGAAACCAAGUGAACCGGAAAGUUCUCAAUUUUGAACAAGCUGUAAAGGAUGAGGCUAUAAGAGUGAAAGAUCUGAGUGUACCUGAGCUAGUCGGCAUCAUGGACACGUGUUUCUGUUGUCUGAUCACAUGGCUGGAGGGGCAUUCUCUUGCUCAGACAGUGUUUACCUGUCUAUAUGUUCAUAAUCCUGAUCUGAUACAAGAUCCCGCUCUCAAAGCCUUCGCUCUGGGCAUCCUUAAAAUCUGUGAUAUCGCCCGUGAAAAAGUCAACAAAGCCGCUGUGUUUGAAGAGGAAGAUUUCCAGGCGAUGACAUAUGGCUUCAAAAUGGCAAACAGUGUGACAGAUCUAAGAGUGACAGGAAUGUUGAAGGAUGUUGAGGAUGAACUUCAGAGGAAAGUAAAGAGUACACGCAGUCGACAAGGUGAACAGCGUGAUCCUGAGGUGGAACUAGACCAUCAGCAGUGUUUGGCUUUGUUCAGUCGGGUUAAAUUCACUCGUCUGCUGCUCAGUGCGCUUAUCUCCUUUACUAAAAAAGAGACUAGUGCUGUGAGUGAAGCACAGAAGCUGAUGACUCAAGCUGCUGACUUACUGUCCGCCAUACACUCCACCAUACAGUACGGCAUACAGUCACAGAACGACACAACCAAAGGAGAUCACCCAAUUAUGAUGGGGUUUGAGCCAUUGGUUAACCAGCGCCUGCUCCCGCCCACUUUCCCCCGCUAUGCCAAGAUCAUCAAGAGAGAGGAGAUGGUCAACUACUUCAGCAAACUCAUAGAGCGCAUUAAGACUGUCUGUGAGGUCAUCAACAUAGCCAACCUGCACAGCAUCCUGGAUUUCUUCUGCGAGUUCAGUGAGCAGUCUCCAUGUGUGCUGUCUAGAUCUCUGCUACAGAACACGUUUCUGAUUGACAAUAAGAAGGUAAUCGGGACUCAUCUGAUGCAGGAUAUGAUUAAAGAUGCUCUGCGAUAUUUUGUCAGUCCUCCUGUCCUGUCCACAAAAUGCAGUUUGAAUAAUAACCAUCAGGCCAAAGAUUACAUUGACUCCUUUGUUACGCACUGCACACGGCCGUUCUGCAGCCUCAUUCAAAUUCACGGGCACAACAGAGCACGACAAAGAGACAAACUGGGGCACAUACUGGAGGAGUUCGCCACUCUUCAGGAUGAGGCUGAGAAGGUGGACGCUGCUCUUCAUGGUCUGCUUAUGAAGCUGGAACCGCAACGGCAGCACUUAGCCUGUCUGGGCACCUGGAUCCUUUAUCACAACCUGAGAAUCAUGAUCCAGUACCUGCUCAGUGGCUUUGAGCUGGAGCUCUACAGCAUGCACGAGUAUUAUUAUGUCUACUGGUAUCUGUCAGAGUUCCUGUAUGCGUGGCUGAUGUCCACGUUGAGUCGAGCAGACAGCUCUCAGAUGGCAGAGGAGAGAAUCCUGGAAGAGCAGCUCAAAGCACGAAGCAACAAAAAGAGCAAGAAAAAGAAGAAAGCUCGUCCUCUGAGUAAAGAGAUCACUAUGAGCCAAGCGUACCAGAACAUGUGUGCUGGCAUGUACAAGACUAUGAUAGCAUUGGAUAUGGACAGAAAGGUGCGUAAGCCUCAGUUUGAGCUGGACAGUGAGCAGGUUCGCUACGAGCAUCGAUUCGCCCCGUUCAACAGUGUCGUCACACCUCCACCAGUGCACUAUAUUCAGUUUAAGGAAAUGUCCGAUCUGAAGAAGUACAAUCCUCCUCCUCGCUCAGCGGAUCUCUAUAUGGCAGCCAGUAAACAUUUCCAGCAGGCCAAACUCAUACUUGAAAACGUCACCAGCCCUGAUGCAGAGGUUAAUCGCAUCCUUAAAGUGGCCAAACCCAAUAUUGUUGUAAUGAAACUACUUGCUGGAGGACACAAGAAGGAGACCAAGGCUCUUCCUGAAUUCGACUUUUCUGCACACAAAUACUUCCCCAUAGUCAAGAUCAUUUGAGAUCAACCCUGUUUCCAGUGUUUCAGAACUCCUCCCAUUGAAACAUGAACCCUCAUGAUGGCAACUGAAUAAAUGUAUUUUCAUAACAGUACAGUUGAACACACAGACUCAUUCAGUGGUUUGAACAGUUAGCAACAACGUCAUUUUCUUCUCUUUAAAGAUUUGACAUUAAGGCCAUAGACAUUAAAUCGUCAUUUUAAUUGUAUUAAAAGUAUUUUUUGGUGGGGGCGGGGGGGUAAUAAUUGUCAAAAUAUUUAGAACUUCAGUCUUGACCAACACAAAAUAGGCAUUGUUUCAAAGCUUAGAAGCUCUACUUUACAAUGUAUGUAGGCAUUAUGACAAAACUAAACAAAUACUUUGAAAUUUGCAGACAAAUAAGGAGUGUUCUGCUUUUGAUAAUUUAUGAAAACCUUUGCACUGUACAUAUUUUUGUAAUCAGUAAAAAUAUCAAACUGAUCAAAUACCCAUGUGUCAUAUGUUGUUGGAAAGCUCUCAAAGAGUAGAAUAUAACUAGCCUAUUUGUUUACUCACCUACAAAAAUAUAGCAAGUGAUAGCUAAGUAUAUGUCUUAUCUGACAUACAGGUUCCAUGUAAACAGGUGUUGCUAACAUGCCACGUUUCCGUUUGUAACUUAAUAUAACGAAUUAUAAACGGAACAUAAAAUCUCACAUACCAUUACUUAGAGGAGGUGAUUAUCUUUCAAACAAGCCCACACACAACAUAUCGGACGCAUAGAUCAUUAGAUAAUCUACUCAAUGUGCACAGUGCAUCUGGAUAUCUGGUAUCUUGCAAUCUGGCUAAAAAGAAACACAUUAGCGUUCUUGGAUCAGAAAUGAUGUAGCACCAUGUAAUGCUAAACCAAUCGGAUUGGGUUCAGAUCAGUGCAAAAAGUCAUCCAUAUUUGGGCAGAGAGACAUGCGAUUGGUGACUGUUACAGAUGGCCACCAGGGGGUGGUGCCAAGUACAAGACCUUCGAUGAUGACUCAAAUGGCACAGAAUGAAACUCAUUCUGUGAAAUCUCAUUACUAAAAUCAUGUCUGCAUGCUAUGCAUACCUUUUAGUCAUGUUGUGUUUGCAUGUGUAAUUAUUUCUUAUGUACAAUUAUGUUUUAUUUGUUUGGAGAGGCUUUUGGAAACUUUUUGGAUCUUUGGAGCUUAAAGGGUUAAGAGGCUGGAAUUCUCUUAUGCUGAAAAUA